AUGGAGUUCUUCGAUCCAGACUUCACACAACAAUUGGCACCGCUAGUAGCGGUCACAAUUGAUCCGCUGCAUAAACUCGAGUCCUUCAAAAGGCAUCUUGAAGAUGCAAACGUGACAGGAAAGGUAUGGGACGACGUUAUAAUCAAGAACCGUCUUCUGAAAUCGAAGUAUUGUUUCCAUUUCGAGGCUUCAGAGAAGACCAUCCUAGCCUCAGUAGCUUCAUAUAAGAACAAAGCUCGCGAUUUGACGAAACACUCGAUCAUAUCGCCAUUCAAUAUCGAAUCAGACUUGUUUCCCAACGGCAUUCUAUCCAACAAGUGGUUUGCAAAGUAUACACGUCACCUCCCAGCUGCUGUCAUCUGCUCUUACCAUCUCCCGGAAUCUGCAGUCGAUGACGAGGCUUUGGGCCUUCAAUUGACAAUGAGACGCGAGAAUUAUCAGACAUUUGAUGUCAAAUUUAUUGCAAUAGUUGUGUCGGAUACAGACGACGCUCUGAUCAUCAAUAGAAUCUCGCAGUUGCGUCAAAUAUCUGGUCUACCUCGUUCUCUGGGUUUAUUCCACAUUAGCCUCGACUCCAUGAGCUCCGUCACACCUGUAUUCGAAAGAGAUUGCGAGAUUCUUGCCACUACCAUUCUUUCAACAUUGAAGUCAAUUUGCACCGAUUUCUAUACUGCCAUAGAGCAUAGAAUAGAACAGCGCAGUAAGAAAUACUAUACUCUUCCUGAUCCAGGGCUGGUGGACACUCGAAUCUCAGUCGACCCAAGAUUCCUAGAAGUUCGCAAUAAAGCAAAACAGUGUAUACUAGCACAACUUAUGCAUCCCCAUAAUGUGGAAGGAUCCCUCUCAAUAAUAGAAAGCACAUAUGCCGAGCUUUUAUCUUUGAUAGCUGAAUUCAGACCAGUGUUUACAAGUCCGGAUGUAUCUUCACAUGACAAGGCUCUACAUACACAAUGGAGGACUCUUCUUGAUGUUUUGGUUUUGCACUUAGUGCGAGGCUAUUUCUCUAUCGAAGAGCCUAUCGCAGCCCUCAGAAAGCAUGACGCGCAUGUUCGGAAUAUUGCAGAGCUUGCAGGUCAAGAUUUUGAUUAUAAUGUUUGGCUCGCUAGGCAAUACCACUGGCUCGCUGAACUCUUGAGUCAAGUACCCAGAAGCAUCCUCGACGAUCUCUAUUCAUCAGUUGUCAAAACACCCAACGCAAAGGGUUCACUUUACUUUGGUGGAAUGUCAUUCCAUGAUGCAAACAGUUGCAAUAUUGUCACUUCCCCAUCGCUUCUCUACGCGAAAGCAGCUCGGUGUCUUGACAUAGAUCAAACAAAUGUAAGCAUCCAAAAUUACAAGGUGAGCUUACUCAAAACAGCAUCAAGAAUUCUAUCACAGAAGCAGGGUGGUUUGGAGCAUUUCGAAGCAUACCUCAAUUGGCAACUCGCAGAUGAGUUGUCCCGAAUGGACAAAGCUUUGGAAGCCGAGAGCGCCUAUUCGACGGCACUAGCCUCGAAACACCUUUCUUCUGAUUUGUCUUUGCUGAUUGAGAAGCAACGCCUAAACAACUUACAAAAAAUUCACGAUAGUGAAAAUUUCGCAUCCUCAAUUAUUCAAAUAGCGAUUAAAGAUCCCGGUACAGUGAUCAGUGCUGAUUUGACAAAAUUGCUGGGAAAGACAAUUGUUUCGCCUAAACUUUCGCCAAUCUUUGAAGUUGACGCUCUUCUUUUCGCAGAACAAGAAGAAACAUUCGUUCUUAGCACAGUGGUCAAUCAAAUAAAGGUCGCCCCCCAAAAAUGGUUCAAACUUCAAAAGUUGGGUGGAUUUCAAUUCAAUAAUUUUGACAAUUUGUCAUUGAAGGUAUACUACGAGGAUGGUCUGGACUUUUCUCUUAGUUCAAGUGGUACUCAAGGUGACAAAUUACAAAUUCUUCCGGCUGGUAUAUCAUGCUUCAAUUCUUCUGGUUUAAGACUGGAUCUGGUCAUCUUGCAGUAUGACAGAGUUCCCAAAGUAUCUGGUUGGUACGGUAUUUCGAAAAUAGAUAUAUCGUUGAGGUUAAACUUCAGUCAAGACGACGUUGAAAUUAUUUGUGAGCAUUCUGAAACGCACACCUUCUCUGAAUUCAAAACACUGUUCUCUUCAUUCAUUUAUGAGCAAGCAACAGAUGGUCUCAAAUCAAAAGCUUUGCUCCUUCGAGGAAGGCCAAGUACUAAAAUAAUGGUCAAACCAUACAAGCCAGAUUUAUCUGCAAACUUCAAGCAAAUCUCUGACAGUAUAAUAAUGGAGGAAAAGCUCAGCAUUCCUGUGGAGUUUUCACGUUCUAAGCUUCUUGCUUCUGAUAUUGCCUUCAAGGAACUAGUCGUGGAAGUUAAAUCUGCUGUGUACGAGGAUGACCUUGAGUCUGCAGAUUUUUAUGUUCAGCAUAAUUGGGACUCUCUCAAAGAUGAUAAGCCUUUGGAUUUGUUGAAAUUCGCCUAUUCUCAGGACCAACUUACACAAAAUAUAUUACACGUUAGCAUAAAACGGUCACCCAGUCUGCAAGCGAAGCCAGUUGGAACAUUGAAGGCUGAAUUUAGAUUGAGAUUAACAAUAACGGAACAGUCUGAUCUUGUAUCUACAUUUGAGCUCGGCUACACUCAUUUGAUCGUGUUGACCGAGCCAUUCGGAACCGACUUACAAUUGAUGGCGCAGCGUCUGGAUUCGCUCAAUCUCAUGCCCAAUCCUUUCAUCUUGAGCCUUGGAGCCGAUGAUUAUUCUAUGCCUCAACCUGCAAGGCUUUGGUUGGCUAAAAUUUCUCUUCAAGACGACCAUAAUUUAUUGAAUACAGGAGGGAUCGAAAUUGUAUCUGCUGAAUUUCAGGUCAAGACAAAGAACACUGAAUUGGUCAUCAAACCAGACGGUCCCAUCAAUCGGGAGAAUGAGUAUUUUACUCAAUUGUAUAGUGUGCGAUCAAAAACACACAUUACACAAAGCAAAACACCAGUUUUUGUCAAUUGCUCAAUUUCGUGGAAAAGAGCAGGCAUUGACAAGAUAUACUCGUUGACAAGCCAAGAGCUAGAGUUCAUAGUUCCUGUGCAAGAGCCUCGAGUCACGCUUAAUGUUCGCAGUUUUGGCGAUAACUCAAUGCAAUUUGAGUAUAUUCUUGAAAACCCCACCCCAAGAAUACUCACCUUUGCAACAAAUUUCUUGACGGAUAGAGCUGCUUUAAGAGGCACAGACUGGACUUUCGAAACCAACGAGAAUAUGAUUCCACUCAAGCAAGCACCUUUUCCCGUGCUACCAUUUAGUGAACACCGCAUAUCUUACUCUGGAUCUUAUACACGUCAUGGGCUGCAACCUACGCUUGACCUCCCGCAUUUGCAAGUUCAAGACAUGAACUACAAAGUUGAAUUGAAGGUUACUCCAUUACAAGAGCAUGUGAAGGAAAUCGAACAGUCAAUGGUUUACCAGUUAGUUUAA